AUGUCUGGCCUCGUCGCCCGCUCAGCCCGCCAAACCCUCCUCAAGUCCCAGCGCCAUGCCGCCACACGGGCUCUCUCCACCCCCGCACAGGCUCCGGCGCCCCGCAUUCUCCCUGACUUUAGCAUGGCCGGAAAGGUCGCACUGUUGACCGGUGCUGCUCGUGGUCUCGGAUACGAGUUCGCAAACGCCUUCGUCCGCUCUGGCUGCACUCAGCUCGCCGUUGUGGACUUGAAAGGUGAGGAGGCCAAGGCAGCGGCCCAGGACCUCGUCAACUCUGCAUGCGCCGCCGAUCCCAGCCUCAGCCCGUCCGACUUCAAGUUCAUCGGUGUUGAGUGCGACGUCUCGUCUGAGCGCUCUGUCCAGAAGGCCUACGCCGAGACCAUCGACACGUUCGGUCGCAUCGACAGCGUCGUCGCGUCGGCCGGUAUCGUCGAGAACUACUCUGCUUUCGACUACCCGUUCGACCGCAUAAAGCGUCUUUACGACAUCAACGUUCACGGCGCUUUCUUCACCGCCCGUGAGGCUGCCCGCCAUAUGAUUCCCAACGGUGGAGGCGCCAUCACCCUCGUCGCGUCCAUGAGCGCCAACAUCAUCAACAUCCCGCAGCCGCAAACGCCGUACAACGCGUCAAAGGCUGCUGUCAAGCACAUGGCGGCCUCGCUUGCCGUCGAGUGGGCUAAGAAGGGCGUUCGCGUCAACGUGCUCAGCCCGGGUUACAUGUUGACGAAGCUCACGAAGACUAUCCUGGCUCACGACCAGGAGCUCAAGAAAACCUGGGAGUCGUUGACACCCCUGGGCCGUAUGGGUGAGCCGGAAGACUUGGCUGGUGCCAUCGUCUUCCUUGGCAGCGACGCGUCGCGCUUCAUGACUGGUAGUGAGAUCCGCGUCGACGGCGGUUACUGCAUCAUCUAA